AUGGAUCUUCUGCAGGAGCUCGAGACCUUGGCCGUCGUCGUUGAUGCCAACAACGACUAUGACGGUUCUUUCAACGAGCUUUUCCAUGCGCCCAUGCCUAUGGCCAUGGCCGUCCCGAACGAGCAGCCAUCGGCAGCCGCGGGCGUUCCAGAUCUCAAGUCAACCUACCUCGUCAAAUUGGAAUGCCCACUAACCACUCCGGCCAUGGUCCAAGAGCUUGCCGGGAUGCUUCAUCUCCCUCAGCAAGUCGACGGAUCCGGAGACGCUGGAGACGCCUCCUUUUGCUUUGUGAAUGGCACCGAGAAGAGCGCCAUCACCGCUGCCCUCGCAGGUACAUUCAAGCCCACUUUCAUUCGAAUCAACCGGGCAGAGAAGGCUCUCGACUGCAACAGCCCAGCUCCAUGCCUUAACCACGACGCAACUCUCCCCCACCACCGCGCUACUGACGACACCCAGACCUUCCUGCCCGGCCAAAGCCAGUAUCCUGCUUGGUACUUCUUCUACGGAACCCUUGCGAGCCCUGAGGUCCUCAUCGAUAAACUGGAGUUGGAUGCCCCUCCUACCCUGUGCCCGGCCACGGUCCAAGGCGAAUUGAGGACCUGGGGUGGUAAGUACAAAGCCCUGACUGACGGCGUUGACACCGUAGACGGCUGGGCUUACGAGGUCACUUCUGCCGCGCACGAAGACGUCCUGCGAUACUAUGAGACUGAUCAGUAUGAGGUCGUCAGGUGCGCCAUCACCAUGACUCACGCAGCAGAGACUGUCUUCGGACUUACGUUCCGAUAUGUUGGAGCUUGCGACUGA